AUGGGAACCGUGCUCGAUUCGCACUUCCUGGCGCUCACCGCCAUCGUUACUGUGGGGUACCAGCUGCUGUUCUUCAUCAUCACAGCUCUCCUCCGGUUCGAUAAGGUCACGGAUUUCGCAGGCAGUACAAAUUUUGUCAUAAUCGCCAUCCUAACAUUAGCUUUGAAGGGAGCAUGGCAUUUCCGUCAGAUUGUGCUGACAGUGCUUGUCACCAUUUGGGGUCUUCGCCUAGGACUAUUUUUAUUGAUGAGGAUUUUGCAAUGGGGUGAAGACCGACGGUUUGACAAAAUGCGUGAUAAUUUGGGGAAGUUAGCAUUUUUCUGGAUUUUCCAGGCUGUGUGGGUUUGGUCUGUCAGCUUGCCUGUCACUGUUGUGAAUGCAAGUGACAGAAACCCCUCGAUUGAAGCCAGGGAUAUAAUCGGUUGGAUAAUAUGGUUGGUUGGGAUAUGUGUAGAAGCAACAGCUGAUCAGCAGAAGCUUGUGUUCAAGAAUUCUCCAAGUAAUAGGGGAAAGUGGUGUCACGUCGGUCUUUGGAAGUAUUCUCGCCACCCGAAUUACUUUGGGGAGAUGUUCCUUUGGUGGGGAAUAUUUGUAGCGUCAACCCCAGUUCUCUCAGAUGCUGAAUGGCUUGUGAUUCUUGGACCUAUAUUCCUGACUCUUCUGCUUCUUUUCGUUAGUGGAAUCCCACUCCUUGAGUCAUCUGCUGAUAAGCGCUAUGGACGAUUGGAGGAAUACCGUGUAUACAAAAACAUUACAAGCCCUCUUAUCCCAUUGCCACCUGCUGUGUAUGGUUCCCUGCCUGCAUGGUUCAAGGUUGCCUUCCUCCUUGAGCUCCCCCUCUACAAUCCUGGGCCAGGAGAUGAUCCAAUCAGUUGA